UUGCCAUCCUCCACAAAUAGCCUCUCCGCCUGAGGAAGACAGAUCGCUGGGUGGAGCUGUUCCCUAUGUCUCUCAAACCCGGAGGUUAAUGAGAUUAGCACAUCCCUGCUCAGACAAGACAAGGCUCUACCCAAGUCCACUAGUUCAGACGGGACAAGCGCUUAAACGGACUGCAUGGCAGCGCAUGUCGAGAUUCACGCGCAUACACACUCACCUCGCAUGGACUGGAGAAUCAACCCAGCGUCCUGUAAGAAAACCCACUCUUACCCAAACUGAUUGAGCUGUUCAAGAACAACUUCUGUGCAGGAACAGUGGAAGCGCAGCGCGAUUGUCACGAUGUAUUUAUCAUCCCAUUGACGGACACAGCGCUGACCGGUUCAAUUUACCCCGGACCUUUUGUCGUUUGCCUUGAAGUGUUAGCCUACAACAAAGUGUUAGGAAUGCCAGCUGUUCUUGCUCUAGCUGGCCUGGUUCUGAUGCUGCUCACCACAAGUGUCAGGUCCCAGUCGGCAGAGCUGAGGUUCCAGGGCCAGACUCAGUUUGUUGUGAAUGAGAGCAGCAGGGCCAUAGUGCGUCUUGUGGUGGAACGAGUUGGAGAUCCAGUUAAUGUCACGGCUCUCGUUCUACUUCAGGGAGAGGAUACUGGUGACUUUGAGGCCACAACUGCAGCUGCUUUUCUCCUGUCCUCUGAAAGCAGUAAAACUAUCUUCAUUGCUGUGAGGGAUGAUGACAUACCUGAGGCUGAUGAGACCUUUGUGUUCAACCUCCGCCUGCAGAGCUCAUCAAAUGGUGUGAGGGUGGGAACUCCAAAUACUGCCACCAUCACCAUCCUGUCUAAUGACAAUGCCUUUGGGAUAAUUUCCUUCAACUCAACCUCCCUCAUUACUGUGGAGGAGCCAAGAGGUAGAAGCCAGUAUGUGCCUCUCACUCUUCUCCGAGAGAAGGGAACCUAUGGAACUGUGACCGUCAACUUUGAGAUUUUUGGAGGUCCAAACCCUGCCAGUGAAGAUCUCAGUCCAGACAUGGGGAACAUCACUAUUCCUCCUGGUCGUGCUGUUGUAAUUUUCAGCAUCAUGAUACAAGAUGACAAGCUUCCAGAAGAUGAUGAAACCUUCACAGUGCGUUUGACAGAAGCAGCUGGCGGAGCGUUACUCAAUCCUAACAGAAGCAGUGUGCAGAUCAAGAUCUCCCGUAAUGAUGCUCCCAUCCGCUUCUCCAAGCCCACACUGGUUGUGCCGGAGAAUGUCGGUGUCAUUUCUCUUACCGUUACACGUGGUAGAACUGAGGAUGGUCUUCUGAUCGGUUCUGAUGACAGAACAGUAUCUGUGGCCUAUGCAGUAGUUACGGGCAGUGGGGCGGCCAGUGCUACACUGUUGGCAGACUUUGUGGAUCUACAGACAGAGAGGAUGGUUGUUUUCCCUCCAGGGGUCCAUGAAACAGAACUCCGCUUCAGCAUCAGAGAUGACAACAUUCCGGAGAUUGCAGAGUCUUUCCAGGUGGUUCUUCUGGAAGAGACCCUAUUGGGGGACGCGGUGCUGAUGACUCCAAGUAUGGCACUUGUGACCAUCGAACCCAAUGAUAAGCCUUAUGGAGUCCUGUCAAUCAGUCCUUCCCCAAUACAACCACACAUCAUCAAUGAAGACCUGAACCCGAUAUACAAAGGCAUCAUCAUUGUGCGUAAUGGAGGAACUCAUGGAGCUGUUUCAGUUCAAUGGAAUAUUACGAGAAACUCCACAGAUAGGACUCCAGUCUCUGCCGACCUUAACCCUGUGUCGGGUACCCUGAGGUUUGCUGAGGGCCAGAUGAAUGCUGUACUGCCUUUAAACAUCACUCAGGACAACCUUCCUGAAGAAGCAGAGGCCUUCCUCCUCAGAUUGAUCCCAGGAUCUGUACAAGGAGGGGCUGAAGUGGAUGAGCCUAUGGAAAUGCUAUUCUUCAUUCAAGAUAGUGAUGAUGUUUAUGGUCAAUUUGGCUUUCAUCCAAGAAAGAAUCAAAGUAUUCAGAGUCAGCCAGAGGGACGCUUCCUGUCACUUAGCUUCCUCCGAGAAGGGGGGACCAUGGGAGAGGUACGACUUACCCUAACUGCCCUCUACAUACCUGCCAGACCAUUGGACCCCUCCCGAGCCAGGGAUGGGGUGCUGAAUGGUACCAGUGUCAACAGUGUGCUGUUCAGUUCCGGUCAGUCACAAGCUCAACUCAUCUUGCCCAUUCGAAAUGAUGCCUUUCUGCAGAAUGGGGCUCAUUUCCUCAUACAGUUGGACAGUGUGCAGUUGGAGAACAUCACCCCACCAAUCCCAUCUGUGAGUCCUCGUUUUGUAGGAGCUUUGAACAUCUCCCUGAUCAUCACACCUGAUAUUGCUAACGGAGAGAUUGGCUUUACCAGUAAUCAGACAGUGGUGGCGCUGGAACCAGAAGCUUCAAACACCAGCUUGAUAACUCUUCAGCUGAGGCGAGAUGGGACUGAUGGUCAGGCAGUGGUCUUCUGGAGUCUGCGGCCCACUGGCGAGAACAGAGAUGAUGUCACUGAGGGUGACAUUUCACCUUUCACUGGAUCAGUCAUGUUCCUCUCAGGACAAAGUGAAGCAGCGAUUAACAUCAGUGUAAAUGCUGACAACAUCCCAGAGAUCAAUGAGACCAUCAUUCUUACAUUAGACAGGACGAAUGUGGACAAUCAGAUCCUGAAACCAGGUUUCACCAGCCGAGAAAUUGUCAUUUUGGAGAACGAUGACCCUGGAGGAAUAUUUGAGUUUUCACAAGUCUCUAAAGGACCUUGGUUGAUCAAUGAGGGGGAGACAGUUGAACUGAGGGUGAUCAGAGAACAGGGCCAGUUACUCAACCAACUCAUAAGAUAUACAGUGAUUCCUUCUGGAAAUGCUCAGUUUUAUGGUGCCACAGGGAUCCUAGAGUUCCAGCCAGGGGAGAGGGAAGUGAUGGUGGCCCUAGUAGCCAAGCCUGAUGGGAUACCAGAGCUAGAUGAGACAUUCUCAGUGGUCCUUAGCAGCCACAGCACGCCAGCUAGUCGCCUUGGUAACCGAAGGCAGGUCAACAUUACCGUGCGUAAAAGUGAUGACCCAUUUGGGGUCAUUGAGUUCAUUCAACCUGACCUAGUCUUCACCAUCAAUGAGAGUAAAGCCAUGGAUGUUCAGUCAGCAUCCUUCCCCAUUGGGAGAAGCAGGGGUAGGUUUGGGAACGUGUCAGUCUUGUGGAUUCUUGAGCCGACCCAUUCAGGAGACAUUAACCCAGUGCAGGGUGAGAUCAUCUUUGCUGAAGGGGAGUACCUGAAGAACCUGACCCUAUUUUCUGUGCCAGAUGAGAUCCCAGAGAAAAUUGAAAAUUUCACCAUCACCCUUCUGAAUACAACGGGUGGAGCAAGACUAGGAAGCAAUCUCAGUGCAAGGUUAAGCAUUCGUGAGAAUGAUGAUCCAAUAUAUUUUGCCGAGCCUGUGGUUCAGAGAGUACAAGAAGGGGGCGUGGCCAAUUUCACCAUUCUGCGAGCUGGUCUGGCUAAUUUUAUCACCACAGUGAAGUAUCGUUUUGAGUACGGUGCCACAUCACCAGGUGACUUCACUCCACUGAGUAACGACUCAAUGCUGGUCUUUGAUUUUGGAGAAUGGAUGAAGAACAUAUCGGUUGCUGUGGUAGAGGACGACCUACCAGAGACAGAUGAACCAUUCUACAUAGUUCUCUUCAACGCCACGGGUGAUGCAGUGGUAUAUGGUCGACACACUGCUACAGUGGUGAUUGAGGCCAAUGAUGAUGCCAAUGGAAUAUUCUCUCUGGAUUCCACUCAGAAACCAGUGGAGGAGGGAAGAACCAAUAACUUUUAUGUUCUUCGAGACAGAGGACACUUUGGCAAUGUCACAAUAUACUGGCAGCUGUUUGCCAAUGACACCCCCCUUGAACCUCACCAGGAGUUUCUGAACACAUCUGGUUCUAUAGUAUUUCACACAGGGGAGAAGACAAAACCUAUUGUUCUUGAAGCCAUUUCUGACAAGCUCCCAGAGUUUAAUGAGUUUUAUGAGCUCAGACUUAUGAACAUCUCAGGUGGCUAUCCUGGUGAAGGUGGAAAACUGGCAAAGAAAGACCUCAAUGCAUCCGUUCUCAUUCCCUUCAAUGAUGACCCAUUUGGAGUUUUCGCAAUUGCCCCUGAGAGCCUGGAGCGUGAGGUAGCAGAGGAUGUCUUAUCAGUCAGUGACAUGUUAGAUGUCACAUCCUUCACCAUACUUCGACAGCAAGGCACCUUCGGAGAUGUGCGUGUGGCCUGGGAAAUCCUGUCAGGAUCUUUUCCACAUGGUCUGCCACCCAUGGAAGACCUGAUAUUGAUGGCCUCAUUUCCUCAGGCUGUAGAGCUCCGUCCACAUGCCAGGAGACGCCAUGCAGGCACCGAUGCAUUCUUCUUCUCUGGACUUCCAGGAGCUUAUGGGUCCAUCAGUCCAGAAACCCAUCUGCAGGUUCCACAGAACCUGGCUAACUUCACUCUGUCAGUCUGGCUGAUGCCCAGGCCCAAUACAGAUGGGUUUAUUGUUUCUAAAGGCAAUGGGAAUGGAACUAUAUAUUAUGGAGUUCAGGUCCAGACCAAUGAGUCCCACGUUACCAUUAUGCUUCAUUACACAACCAUAGGAUCUAACAGCACACAGGUGGCACGAGCUACUUCAACUAAAUUUGUAGAGGAUAACACAUGGGUUCAUAUCAUCAUUGCUGUGGAAGAUGGAAUCAUUGAGUUUUAUCUGGAUGGGAGCCCAAUCCCUGGGGGGAUUAAGAGUCUAAAAGGAGAAGCCAUUAUAAAUGAUUCUGCACCUAUUAGGAUCGGUUCCAACCCAGAUGGUGAACAGCGCUUCACUGGUCUUCUACAAGACCUCCGGCUGUACUCCAGCUGGCUCAACCGCUCUGAGAUUCACGAGCUACACAACCAACCAGCCAAGACCGACCUCCACAACGUGUCAGGGUACCUGACAUACAGACAGGAGGAGAAACUGAAGUCAUUUUUAGUCGAAGUACGGGACGAUCAAGAAGAGGAGGGUGAGGAGGUUUUCUACCUACAGCUGGUGGCUGUUCAAGGUGGAGCCCGUCUGCCCAUGCCCAGACCUACCUCCGUUCUCAGAGUCAUGAAGAGUGAUAAUGCCAAUGGACUUUUUGGCUUUACCGGUUCCUGUAUACCAGAUAUAUCUGAGGAGGGCUCUAUGAUCUCCUGUGUAGUGGAGCGCACACGUGGUGCUCUGGACCAUGUCUAUGUAAGCUACACCGUUACUCAGGUUGAUUCUCCCGCAGACUUGUCAAAUACCUCCGACUUUGCCAAUUCUACAGGCUCCAUCCAUUUCCUGCCGGGCCAGCGCUCUGAGGUUUUAAACUUGCUGGUUCUAAAUGAUGACCUGCCUGAAGUCGAUGAGCACUUCAGGGUUAAGCUGGUGUCGGCUGAAUCAGGUGAUGGGAAACCAGGUUCCACUCCCACCAGUGGAGCCAGCGUUGACCCAAACAAAGCCAUCAAUAAUAUUACUGUCAAAGCAAGCGAUCAUCCAUAUGGCCUGCUGCAGUUUCAAACUACCCCAGUGCCCGUGGGCAUGAUCAGACCCUCACUGGAGGAGGCACAUGUGACUGUUCAAGAGGAGGUUGGUGUGGUCCGUCUGCUGGUGGCCAGAGCACAAGGACUGCUGGGAAGGGUGAUGGUGGGCUAUCGUACGUCUCCAUUCACAGCUGCUGGUUCAGAGGACUAUGAGGACACAGAGGGAUUUCUAGACUUCUUGCCUGGCGAAAGAUUUAAGUACAUCAAUGUGACUAUUAUAGACAACUUGGUGCCAGAGUUGGACAAAGUCUUCAGAGUGGAGCUGUAUAAUCCAAAUGGAGGAGUGGAUCCGUUUUUUGCUAGCGAAGGCAGCGGAAGUGGCGAGAGUGACACUGACCUCUUUCUUCCAUCCUUUCACUAUCAUUAUGCUAACCUGGGUGCUGCUGCUCGUAUCAUCGUGACCAUCGCUGCCUCUGACGAGGCUCAUGGCAUCUUCCAGUUUAGCGCUGACUCUCUGACUGUGAACGGCACAGAGCCUGAGGAGGGCAGGAGUACUGUAGUGCUGCAGGUGAUUCGUACCUUUGGCGCUCUGUCCAAUGUGACUGUGUUCUGGGAGGCAGAUGCUAAUUCAGAGGGAGAACUUGUUUAUAGAUCUGGCAACGUGACCUUUGAGGUGGGCCAGACUGUUAGAAGCAUCUACCUACUGAUUUCCCAAGAUGACAUUCCAGAACUCGACAAAAGCUUCAGAGUCCGCCUCACUAAUGUUUCUCAUGGUCGACUUGGGAAGGAAACUACUGCCACGCUGACUGUAUUGGCCAGUGAUGACCCUUAUGGACUUUUUGUAUUCUCUGACAACAGCAGGCCAGUCCGUGUGGCAGAAGCAAAUGCUGUCAUCACCCUGACCAUACAGAGGAGAAAAGGGUUAAUGGGAAGAGUGCGAGUGACAUACCGAACAUUGAGGGACACUGAUGCAGCUCCAUAUAGCACACCAGGAGUGGGUCGGGCCAGUGCAGGGAAUGACUUUGUGGCUAUUGUGGAGUCGGUGAUAUUCUCAGCUAAUCAAAGUGAAGUUAAUGUGACCCUGAGGGUACUUGAUGAUGAGGAACGAAGGGCGGAGUCUGUGUUUUUGGAAAUUGUCAAUGUCACUUUGGUUGAAGGGCUGCAACUCAGAACAGUUGCACUUUCCCCUCGACUCGGCCGGAACGCCACAGUUGCUCAGGUCAUUAUAGAGGCCAGCGAUGAUGCUUUUGGGGUGCUACAACUGUCUUCCUCAGCAGUGAGCGUGCCCGAGUACUACACCGGACCUAUAAUAAAUGUAACACGUGUUGGAGGGAUUUUUGCUGAUGUGUCUGUCAAGUUUAGAGCAGUGCCAAUGACCGCUAGAGUGGGUGAGGACUACAGUGUGGCCUCUUCUGAUGUGGUUUUGUUGGAGGGAGAGAGUAGCAAGCCUGUCCCCAUCCUCAUCAUCAAUGAUGUGGUGCCUGAGCUGGAAGAGACCUUCCGAAUUGAGCUUCUCAACCAGACCACCGGGGGCGCUCUCUUGGGGGACCUCACACAGGCCAUCAUUACCAUCCUACCCUCAGAUGAUCCAUUUGGAUCUUUUGUUUUUCAGGCUGCGCCCAUCACAGUUGAGGAGCCAGCAGUAAAUGCAUUUGAGGUCUCCCUACCCAUAAUAAGAAACGCUGGAACCAUGGGCGAAGUCGUUGUCCAGUGGAGAGCCACAGUCAAUGGGAGACCUGCCACUGGUGAUCUCCGACCUUUGUCUGGUGAGGUCAAGUUUGAUCCUGGGGAAACAUUAAAGACACUGAAAGUGGAGGUUUUGGCUGAUGAUGUACCAGAAAUUGAAGAGGUUAUAAAGGUUCAACUUGUAAGUGCCACUAAUGGUGGGAACAUUGGGCCUGAGAAAGAGGUUGAUAUUAUAGUUCCUGCCAACGACAACCCUCACGGAACCGUGUACUUUGAGCAAGCAGUAUACCGCAUCCAGGAGCCACUGGAAGGGUACUCUAUUGCUAACAUUACAGUUCGAAGAAGUGGUGGAACUUUUGGCAUGCUGGAGAUUGUUUACAGCACCUCUGAGGUUGAUAUUGUAAGCAAUGCUCAAAGGGAAGGCCGGGAUUUCCUGGUUUACUAUGAUUCUUCAUUGGCUGGAGCGCCAUCUAAUGCCCUCCGCAGACCCAUCAACAUCACCACAGACACAAACAUCUUGAAUUUCUGUGCAGCGUUCUGCCUUAGAGAGAGAGCUUGCCAAGCUUUCAGCUACAUCAACACCCCCAGAGCGAGUUGCUUCUGGGUAACAUCUGGGGCCAGGCAGUUGAGUUCUUCCCCACAAACCUUCACCUAUUUAAAAAACACCACAGCGGCCGCCUCGCUGUUUAGCUCACAGGCUGUUGCUGGGAGUGACUACAUAACCAUGGCGGCUCAGACCGCAACCAUGCUGGACAGAUCGGGAGUCGCUAACCUCACUGUUCCCAUUUUGACUGACUCUUUGCCAGAGGUGGAUGAGAGUUUCAUGAUUAAAAUCCUGAAGGUUAGCUUGGUCAACAUGACCGCAACUGCCAAGAACUUGCCAAUGAUCCAGCAGCCGGAUGUAGCUUUGGUGACUAUAGGGAUGAAUGGAGAUGCAUUUGGAAUAUUUCUGCUCUACAGCAUUAACCCUAAUGCCACUCAAGAUGGGCUGUAUCUGGAAGUGAGGGAGGAACCCAGAACUACAGUUCUGCUGGUCAUUGAGAGGAGAGGAGGCAGUAUGGGACAGGUUACAGUCGAGUGGAAGUAUGUUGGUGGCAGUGCCGCACCCAAUGCUGACUUCAAUGGGACGGGGGAGACCCUCAUCUUUGCAGAGGGUGAUGUAAAGAAGACCCUUGAGUUUUUCAUCACGGAUGACAUUGAACCUGAAGACAAUGAGACUUUACAGAUUGGGUUAGUGAGUACUGAGGGUGGUAGCCGUAUCCUUCCCAGUUCGGACACCGUCACCAUCCUCAUCCUGGCCAAUGACAAUGCAGCAGGGGUUGUGGGUUUCCACACAGCCUCACGAUCGGUCAUCAUCAGAGAGGGUGAUAGUUUGUCUCUGCUGGUGGAGAGAACAGCUCCUGCUAUUGGAAAUGUCACAGUGGAAUGGAGAAUUGAAGGCCCUCGAGUCUCAAUGACUUUUGCAGACACCACAGGAACUCUCUUUUUCUCUGAGGGAAUGCUAAAUAAUACUAUAGUGAUAAAGCUACUUGAGGAUACCACACCAGAAGAAAGAGAGGAGUACAGAGUUAUCCUGUCAAAUAUACAAACCAAAGGGGUUACCAAGACAGGGAUGGCAGCUCUGAGUGCUCAGGGUCGUGAAGCAGUGGUGAGCGUGGAAGCUAGUGACGAGCCGUUUGGUUUGCUCAGCAUCGCCCCCUCAUCCUUAAAAAUUACCACAGAUGAGAAAGACACCACCAUCCGGAUUUACAUAAACAGAGAGUUUGGUGCAUCAGGUGCUGUAAAUAUAAGCUAUGAGACCGUGCAAGGCUCUUUGCAGGAUCUCAGACAGACUGAGGGAGCUCUAGCCCAACCAGACCAGGACUUCAGAUACGUCUCCAGCUCUGUGAUCAUGCAGGAUGGACAGACAUCUGUGUCCAUCCCCAUCACCAUCAUAGACGAUGACAUCCCUGAGCUGCAAGAGUUUUUCUUAGUCAAUAUAACAUCAGCUGUCCUUAUAACCACCCUUCCAACUGCCCCUAAACUAAAUACCGAAGGCCUUGUAGCAGAGAUCAGCAUCAAUGCUAAUGAUGGAAUCCAAGGGAUCAUUGGCUGGCAAAACAUAGACUACGUGGUAAAUGAGACGAUUGGCGUGUUAAAUCUGGUGGCCUACCGUGAUGCCGGGACGUAUGGAAAUGUGUCCCUGUUCUUUUAUGCCCAGAAUCUAGAGGCUCAGUUGGGUCUGGAUUUCAAUGCCACUCCAUCAAUGAUCCACUUUGUGGAUGGAGAACGGCACAAGUUUAUCGAAGUCCAGAUUUUAGAUGAUGCCAUUCCUGAAGGCGAUGAGACAUUCCAGUUAAUUCUAACAAACCCGUCGGCGGGGCUGGAGCUGGGAGAGAACACUACAGCUACCGUGACUAUUCUGGCCAAUGAUGAUGGUCAUGGAAUCAUAUCCUUCAAUAACAGUGAGCACUUCCUGUUAAGGGAGCCGACCUCUAUGUCAGGUCUGGGGGAGAGUGUGGCCACCCUCUACAUCAUACGAGACCCUCCUCAGGGCACAUUUGGCGCAGUAACGGUCCAGUUCACCAUCACUGAUGCCAAUGGAUCCCUGUACACUGAUGAUCUCACACCUUCCUCUGGAUUUGUUGUGCUUGAGGAUGGAGUCAGAUUCAAGACAUUAGAGAUCUGGGCUGUUCUGGAUGCGGAACCAGAGAUGAAUGAGACAUUCACAGUGACUCUGUCCAACCCAACUGGAGGUGCUCGGCUGGGAGAUUCACUGCAGACUUAUAUCACCGUAUUGCAGAACCAGGCUCCUCUAGGGCUGUUCAGAAUAUCACCAUCAUUUAAUAGGACUCUGGACACCAUGACAGUGGAGGAGCGUGCCGGUACGGUGUACCUGACUAUAUCUCGCAGUAAUGGGCUGGAGUCAGCUGUCAGUGUGGAAUGGGAGACGCGGUCAGGAACAGCAUUUGGAAUGAGGGGAGAGCAGCCAAUGCUGGCUGUGUAUCAGUCAAUCAGGGACAGCUUGGCGUCAGUCUGGUGUGCAGUGCCAAGUGAAGACUCUGCUCUCGUUCUGAGGCUGCUCAGAGGUCCAGCUCAGAACCAGGCUGUGCUCUACAAGUGGCAAGGCAUGUUAGUGCCUGUGGAGUUUGUCAGCAUCCAGAAUCCCAGCUCUUGUGUGAGUUUUACAGUAAAUGGCUCCAGCUAUGUGGCAGUUUCCCAUGCAAACAGCACCAUGUCAUUAACUGCCACAAUCAGUUUAUUUCGCCUUCAGGCUGACCUCAACCUUACUCAAGAGCAGACUCUUACUGUGAGCAGUUUCAGUGUUAAACAUUUCUCCACUGAGCUCCAGCAUUAUUUGAUAGCUUCUAGUGAGAUCUUUGUGUGGACUGGAGGCUCAUUCUCCCUCCAUCAAAGUCUGGGGUUACAGGACAUCACCACAGCCGUACCCUUCAGGCGAGGCAGCAGCAACCUACAGCACCUGGCCGUGUGCAGGAACAGAACAUCAUCGACAUGUCUCAUCUACCAGUGGAAUAAUGGACGUUUCCAAAACCCUCAACCCUUAGCAGUCAAUACUCGAGUCAAGCAAGUGGAAUCAUUUCAGAUGGGUGGAGAUACGUUUCUCCUCAUUGUUACUGAAGGUUUAAGCCCAAGAUGUGAAGUGUUUAUGUGGGGUUCUCAGCAAAGCUUCUUUCAGCAGACACAGUCCAUCCCAUUUCCCGGCCUCUUUUCAGUCCUCCCCUUCACCCCUCCUUCGGGAAUAUCUCACCUGUUGCUUGCAGGUCUAAAUGGUUCAGCCCUGCACUCAUGGAGGUCAGAUCUGAGGCAGUUUGCUGAAGUGCUCAAGUCUCCGUCUGCACAAGAGUUCCUGUAUCUUCCUGUUCCAUCUCUCAAUUCUACCAAGAGUCUCAUCAUAGCCACUGGAGAAUCAAACUCUGUCAUAUAUGAGCUGACUUCAGUGUCCAAUCAAUCUGACUUCAUCCCCAAUUCAGGAGAGCUUUUUUUUCAGCCUGGGGUGCGUGAGCUAGACAUAGCAGUGAAUAUAAUUGAUGAUGAUGUUCCUGAGGAAGAAGAACAUUUUCGUGUCAGCCUCAAGAACCCCAAAGGAGGGGCAGAAAUUGGCUUUCGUGGUCAAGUGACCUUGUUCAUUCCGGCAAACGAUGAUGCUUAUGGGAUUGUAGGCUUUGCACAGAACUCUUUAACGAGGGAGGUGGAUGAGCUGGAGGAUGAUAACCCUGUUUCUCUGAGCAUCGAGAGGAGGAGAGGCAGGUUUGGCAGACUAACAGUACACUGGAGCACCUAUGGUAGUCUGGAUGACAUUUUUCCCACUUCGGGAGUGGUGACAUUUUCUGAGAGCCAGGCUGUUGCUACCAUAUCACUGAAUGUAUUAGCUGAUGACAUUCCAGAGUUAGCAGAAAAAGUCACCAUUGUCCUGACCAAGGUCACAACAAUUGGAAUAACUGAUCCAUCCAGAGGAGCCAUGAUUGACCAUCAGCGAGCCCAAGCAAACCUUACCAUUAAAGCCAAUGGUUCACCCUAUGGAGUGAUUGGCUGGCAUCUGGAUUCCCAGUACUUCAUCAUGCCAGAACCUCAAAAGAGCCCAAGCAAUAUUACACUAAGUAUUGUGAGAGAUCAAGGAGCAUCAAGGGAUGUAUUAGUCUAUUACACCACCAAAGCAGCCCUUCACCUGCCACCUGUCAAUCAGGCUAGUGAGGGGACUGACUAUGUAGCCAAAGAGGCCACAGUUGUCAUGAUGGAGAAUGCUACUGUUGUUUUGGUGUCCAUUACCAUCCUGCCGGAUGAUAUUCCUGAACUGGCUGAGACAUUCCUUGUAAACAUCACCAGAGUUGAACUCUUGGGUGGAGACACAGGAGCAGGACAGCCGAGUGUGAAAAGACCUGGUUUGGAGAUAGCCGAGGUCACCAUCCAAGAGAACGAUGAUCCAAGAGGAGUUCUCAGUUUCAAUGUCUCAAAAGAUGUCUCUGGGGCAGUGCUGGCAUUUGAGGUACCAUCACCUGGAAAUGUCUUUCGCCUGGCCGUCACGCGAAUGGCCGGUAGAUCUGGUAGACUGGUGCUAUACUGGGAGGCACAAGCAGUCACAGCCAGCACUGAAGACUUUAGUCCAUCCUCUGGAAACCUCACAUUUCAAGAGGGACAGACAGUGGCUUAUAUUGAGAUCACCAUUAUUGAUGACACAAUUGUGGAGUCCACAGAGACGUUUAUAGUCAAACUGGUUCGAGUCAUCGGGGGUGCCAGGUUGGGGGACGAGACGUCUGUGGUAGUCAGCAUCCCGGCCAAUGAUUCACCUUUUGGUCGGUUUGGGUUUGAGGAGCUAAUGGUCUCUGUGUCUGAGCCUCAGUUCCUAAAUGACCCUGCUUCCAUAGCUACACUGGCUGUUGUGCGUAGCUCAGGAGGCGAGGGAGUGGUGCAUUUGAUCUGGCUUCUGCAGGAAGAGGGCAGAAAUGACCUAAGCCCUUACAAUGGAACUUUCACUUUUAAUGGGACUGAGUCAAAGAAGACUCUGGUGAUUCAGGCUUUGGCUGAUGCCGUCCUGGAAGGAGAGGAGAGAUUCACCAUCCAGCUUAUUUCUCCAAAGAAUGAGCCAGUAAUUGAUCCAGUUAGAGGUGUUGCUACAGUUGUUAUUCAAGCUGAUGUGGGUGCCCUGGGAACUGUUGGAAUAGCUGAUUCCAGCAGGAACAUACUGAUUGGUGAACCAAGAGACAUUUACAAUGGAACAGCUCUGGUCAGUCUUGUAAGAGGUCCUGGCAUCUUUGGUGAGAUUGAGAUCUUCUGGAACAUCAGCGCAGCUGCAGAUACAGAGUUUGAGAAGACCUCUGGCAAAGUUAUUAUGAAAGACCGCCAAUCUGCUGCUACAAUUCAGCUGAAGGCGCUAGAUGAUGAGAUCCCGGAAGAAAGACAUGUAUAUCAGCUAAGACUGAGCUCUCUAACCCCGGGCUCAGCAAUUAACCCUGACAGACAGCUUGCCACCAUCACCAUGGCUGCCAGUGACCUUCCCCAUGGGCUCUUCUCCUUCUCUCAAGCCUCUUUGCGUGCCACUGAGGAGGACAGAGCUGUAAAUGUGACCAUUGUUCGUUCAAUGGGUCUGUUUGAUAGUGUGUGGGUUAGUUACCACACGGAAGGCAGAACUGCAAUCAGCGGACAAGAUUUUGGACAGUCCUCUGGUCGGCUGCUAUUCAGGCCUGGGGAGAGUUCAAAGGUCAUCACACUGACUAUACUUGAUGAUGACCUUCCAGAAGGACCAGAGGAGUUUUUCCUCAACAUUACUCUAGUAGAGCUACUAAAUGCCAGUUCAAUGGAUUUUACGGUGAGAGAGUAUGGCCUACAGAUUGACCAGCCUCCAGCUAUUGGCAAUCUGUCCUCCCUCAUGGUGAUUAUCCAGAAAAAUGACAACGCUGAGGGGAUUCUGGAGUUUGACCCCAAAUAUGUCAACAUCACUGUUGAGGAAGAUGUAGGAAUUCUGUCCAUCCCUGUACUGAGGCGUAUUGGAUCCUAUGGGCAGAUCACAGCAGAGUUUAUCUCCAAAGGUUUGACUGCUCAACCUGAUUCAGAUUACAUUCUGCUCAAUGGCUCCAUCACCUUUCAGCAUGGCCAAACCAUCAGAUAUAUCAAUGUCUCCAUUGUGGACGACACAGAGAGUGAAGUUAAUGAGAUAUUUGAGAUGCAACUCACUGGUGCCACAGGAGGUGCCAUACUUGGAGCUCAACUAAUUGCACGAGUUACAAUUGCCAAAAGUGACUCGCCAAAUGGUGUGGUACGAUUCAUCAACCAAAGCGCCAUCACCAUUCCAAACCCCAACAGUACCCUCAGACUGACCCUGUUUGUAGAGAGAGCAGACGGGCUGCUGGGAAAUGCCACGGUAUUAUGGCAGAUUUUAGGUCCAAACUCAAAUGAGGUUUUACCAUUAGUAAACACAGACAUUGGUGAACCAGUGAACGGGACAUUCAGUUUCAGAGAUGGGGAAGGGGGUGUACAGAGCAUUGAGCUGAAGAUCCUGCCUCACGGUGAGGUGGAGGUCACAGAGAAAUUUAUUGUCCUGCUUAGUAUCCUCUCUGGAGAGAUGGGCAUUGACCCCAGAGCUGGAUCUGUCACACUCACGAUUGAGAAGUUUGGAGACCCCAAUGGCAUAGUACAGUUCACAGAACAGGACCUGAAAGAGCGCAUUUACAGUGAGCCUUCUGACAGCGAAGGGCCGCUCAAAAUAUCACUCCUUAUCACACGUAGAGAGGGUGUUAUGGGAAACAUCACAGUUUUCUGGGAAAUCCUCAGUGAUGCAGACACAUCAGGAGACUUUGCUGCCCUGCAGGGUUCUGUCACUAUCCUGGCAGGACAGCGUGUGACAGAGAUAGUCCUCACCCUGCUCCCCGACUCUGUGCCUGAGUUGGAGGAAACGUAUGUCCUCCGACUAAUCUCUGUGGAGGGUGGCGCAGAGUUGGAUAAAAACCGCAGCAGUACCCGUUUAAAAGUCCGCGCCAAUGACGAACCCCACGGGGUGUUUGUCCUUUAUUCUCAAAACCAGUCAGUGGUUGUUAACGUGGCGGACCGAAGUAGACAACUCAUUAUCAGUGUUAACAGGCUGGCAGGAGCAUUUGGCAAUGCCAGUGUGGGAUACAGAAUCAGAUUUACCACGCCUGGGCAGAGUUUUACAGAGGACACGCUCACUGGGAACAUACUGGUGAAGGACGGAGAACGAGAGGCCAGCGUUAGAGUGCCAUUUAGUAGCCAGGUGUUCUUUGUGACAGGCUUUAACUUCAGCGUUGAGCUGACGGAUGUGACUCUAAUUGGUCCCCUGCUCAGUUCACCUCCCAGAAUUCAACUGGAAUCAAAGCUGGCUGUUGUUUCUGUUCCUGAAGUGGCAGCUAAUGCUGAGGUUGGAUUUGCCUCUGUGGCACUUCGAGUCUCAGAUAUAGAGAGUGGCCAGUGUGAGGCGCUGGUGACACGAACAGGCUUAUAUGGGAACGUAACCGUCCAAUGGAGCUCUGGGUUCCCUCCUGGCCAAACUCCACCAGGCUACCAGCCAGGAGACAUUUCACCAAGAUCAGGCACAGUAAUGCUUGCCCAUGGUCAGAGGAGUGAAGUGAUCUCUCUUAGUGCUGUUAAUAACAUGUCAGUUGUCUCAGCACAUGCCAUUUACCUGACCUCUGUAGAGUCGGAGUCACCUGGUGGAGCCCGUCUCAGGAUUGGUUACACAGUAGCUGAGGUGGAGCCAUUAGGAUUGUAUCAGUUUCAUCCUGAUUCUCGGCAGCUGGUAAUUGAGGAGGACGUGCAGACCAUCACCCUCUACGUCCAGCGCCUCUACGGCUUUCGCAGCAACCGCUCCAGCAUCUCCUACAAGACAUGGCCUGGCACUGCCCAACCCGAUAAGGACUUUGCACCGGUAGCAGACGGGCAGCUUCUGUUUGAUUCCCGCCAAACAUCAGCUGCCAUUCGACUGUCCAUUCUAGAUGAUUCCCUAACUGAACCAGAUGAGAAUUUUUAUGUGAACUUAACCAGCGUGCUUGUUCUCAGCACCAGUUUGCCUUCGAUCGCAGCUCAGCCUCGCAUUGUGUCUCAGUAUAGUGUUGCUACAGUUACCAUUCGUGGUAACGAUGUUGUUAGUGGAUUUCUGAGCAUAGGACCAGCGAUAAUAAGUAUUUCUGAAGACAGUCAGGAAGGUGCGCCCCAACAGAAGCUUGCCUUAAGAGUACGUAGGUCGGUAGGGUUUACAGGAGUGGUGAGUGCCAAAAUCAGGGCUUAUUCAGGACUCAGAACCUCAGAAGGGGAUGCAGCCCAGUUUCAUCAGGAGCAUAAUGGCACAUGGGCCUUGGAGGGGGAGGACUUUGCCUUGGAGACCCAAACUGUCACGUUGUUGGAGGGACAGAACGAGGUGGAGGUCAGUGUCCUCAUACUGAAUGAUCAGGAGCCUGAGGGGCAGGAGGCCUUCUUUAUCUACCUCAGCGAGGCAGAAGGUGGAGCACAGAUUGUCAGUGUGCCAGAUGAACUGGGGUUCACUUCCUUUGCCAAAAUCAUUAUUCUGGGGAGUGACCUUCAGAAUGGUAUAGUUGGCUUCAGUUUGAGCUCUCAGUCGGGUCAGAUCUUGGAUGAGGACUCAGUGAACAGGACAGCAACACUCUUUCUGCAAAGACAGGAAAACAGAGCAUUUGAAGAUGUGUUGGUGUUUUGGCGGGUCACAUUCAGCACUACAGUUCACUCAGUGGUCAGUCAUGGAGUGAAUCUGACCAGAGAGCUGCAGCAGACCUCGGGCACAUCUGUCUGCAGGAAAGGAGAAGUUAUCUGUGCCCUCAAGCUGGAAGUCCGGCCAGACAAGGACCCAGAGUAUGAGGUGUGGUUUCUGGUGGAGGUCUAUAAAGUGGGUGAGGGUGCCACCAUAAACCAAACUGCCCGUUUUGCCAAUGUCACCAUGCUAGAGAGUGAUGACCCACGGGGGCUGGUGUACUUUGCCCAAGGCUCCAGACUACCUGUGGUCACCCUCAAAGCCACAAGUGUCAGUCUUCAGGUCUACAGGGAUGCCAGUACAGCAUCAGCUAUAUCUGUGAAGUACCGCAUGCAGGAGCUUCAGAAAGCAGAAUCUAUUGGACCCAAUCUGAUUUGGCCUGCCGUGGCAGGACAGGACUUCGUCAUGGCAGAGGGCACCCUGACUUUUGAGAUUGGACAAAGAAGUGCCGGUCUGGACGUGGCCCUUACGCCAAGGACCGGUUCCUCCAACCCAACACCCAAGCGGUUUCGCGUGGUUCUUUCUGAUGCCACCGGUGGUGCACGGGUUCACCCAGAAUUUGGGCUGGCUAAUGUCACCCUGGUUUCGGACUCGGAGGCUCAGGCAAUAUGGGCCCUGCUGGACCAGUUACAUCAGCCUCUGGAUGAGACCAUCAUCAAUCGGGUUCUGCAGGGACUUAUCAAUAAAGUUAGUAAGGACAUCACUCCAGAGCAACUAACAGCAGUGUUAGAUGCACUAAGCAAGAUUCUAAAUGACGCUGAGCAGACUCCUCUAAAAGAAAGCAGCCGCGGCUUGACCUAUGACCUCCUGUGUGCCAUGGCAAACCCCAGCAGAGCGGACACUCGAGGACUGAGCCAGCUCGCUGAAGUGGCAGAGCGUUUUGCCUUCAGCCUACUCACGGACACUGAGUGUGGGACAAAGGAAAAGAGAGGCACAACCAUACUGGAUACUUGCCCGUAUUUCACCAUAGCUGCUCACCACUGGUACCCCACUCAGAUCAAUGGCCACACAUUUACAGGCAAAAACACAGACACGUUCACUCUGCCUGAGACCCUGCUGGAGGUGCCAGCCCUUCCUGCCGACAGCAUGGCCCCAUCCGCUUGCCGUAAAGUGCACUUCACAGAAUACAGUACUGAGCACUGGUUCCUCACCAACACAAAAGCCAGCGCAUUAAAUGACAAGGUUUUCUCAGUCAGUCUUAAUGGCAGAGGCUCUAAACCUCUCGCUGAUGGUCAAGAGGUUGUUUACCGCAUACACACUCCAGAUCGACGUGGAAAACCUCGCCAAUCUCUGUGCCUGCUUUGGAAUCAGGCUGCCGAGAGCUGGCUGUCUGAUGGUCAGUUCUGUCGUGUGGUGGACGACAGUCAGAAUUUUGUCGAGUGUGCCUGUACGCAUCUGUCCGUCUACACAGCAUAUGCAGAGACAGGAAGUUUUGCUUCAUUCAACGAGGCCUUCUAUGCUGCUGGUUUCAUUUGUAUCUCAGGGUUUGCCUUGGCCGUUGUGUCUCAUGUACUGUGCUCUCGAUUCCUCAUGUUCGCUGCCAAACUCCUCACACACAUGAUGAUGGCCUGCUUAGGGACUCAGAUUUGUUUCCUGGUGUCCGCAUUCCGGGGGCGUAUGUUCUCAGAGGAAAGUUGCGCUACUCUUGGCCUCUUCUUCCAUUACUUCCACCUCAGCCAGUUCAGCUGGAUGCUCAUACAGGCCAUAAACUUCUGGCAGAUAUUGGUGAUGAAUGAUGAGCACACAGAGAGACGCUAUCUUCUCUACUUCCUGCUCAGCUGGGGACUUCCUGCUCUGGUCAUCAUCAUUCUGGUUGUGGUCCUGCUGGGAGGUUUUGGAUGGAGCAUACAUAGUGUGUAUGGCCUGGUGCAAGGAGAUCUAUGCUUCAUCCCAAAUGUAUAUGCUGCUCUCUGUACGGCCGCCUUGGUUCCUCUCAUUUGUUUGGUGGGGGUGCUGGUGAUCUUCAUCCAUGCGUAUCAGGUCACUCAGCAGUGGAAGGCUUAUGAUGACAUCUACCGAGGCCGAACAAACAGCUCAGAGGUGCCCAUGAUGUUGUAUCUGUUUGCUCUGGUGACUCUGGUCUGUCUUUGGGCUGGAUUGCACAUGGCCUACAGAUACCUGUGGAUGCUGAUCCUCCUUGUUAUCUUCAAUAUCUUUCUGGGUCUGUAUGUGUUUUCCGUGUACUUCAUCAUGCAUAGUCAGCUCUUCUGGCCAGCUAAGGCAACCUACACCGUGGAGAUGAAUGGUCACGGCAGCCCAGACUCCAUGUAUCAGAGCACCGGUGUCGCUACCGUCGGUGGAGGAGAAAUCAGCAAGUCCACGCAGAACCUCAUCAGUGCCAUGGAAGAGAUCUCUGCAGACUGGGAGAGAGCUUCACUGAGGCCCAGCAGUCAACCCAGCAGUGUUUUCAAACAGAGUCCUCAGGACGAGACCUACAUCACAGAAGGAGGGUUCAUCAACACUAAUUUGGUGCAGGACGAGGAGUCACAGGAGUUUGAUGACCUCAUAUUUGCCUUAAAAACUGGUUCUGGCCUUAACGUGAGUGACAACGAGUCAAUCCACGGCAGUCAUGAUGGAGGUAGUGUGGCUAACUCUCAGAUCGUAGAGCUGCGGCGGAUUCCAAUCGCAGACACACAUCUCUAACCUCACUAUUUUUUUGUACUGAAAAUUGUAAAAUAAAAACAAUAGUUUUUGUUUUUUUUACUGUCUCUGCCUUUGCACUAAAUAUUGUUAGUUUUUAAGUUGUCUUUUUUUAUAUGUGGAAAUCAAAAUUGUUUUUUUUAAGUAUAUACAUUUGUGAAUAUAAUUAUCACUAAAUUAAUUUGUGAAGGUUUAGUAUUGGUUUGACUGGAAAAAUCAUAUAGAUUGAUUGGAGGUCUGGCCAGUGCGCCCCAUAAUUCUGCUGCUUGAUUUGUGUAACACCAAUAAUAAAUGAUUCAACCACCA